AUGAAUAACCCACCCUUUUCAGCUGAAAAUCAGGUUACGACCGAUUCUCUUUUAUCUCCAUCAACUUCAGACAGAUCCAAAUGUGACGACACAGUUGUUCAUAUACUACCUUCCUUUCAGAUGUAUGAAACUUUCAUAAAGUCAAACUCAUUGAAUACUGUUCAGCUACUAUCCACUGCUUUAACUCCUGCUGUUUCCAAUUCAAGUUCAAGUGAUCUCUCUAACAAAAACUCGAUUAAAAGCUUCCAAUUAGAAAACCCCCCUGCUUAUCAGCCCAUAUCCACCUCCAGCUCCACCAACAUCUCCAAUUUUAACAAUAGCCUCAACUCAAAUUCCAAUCCCAAUCCCAACUUUAAUGCAGCCUCUAAUGAUCUUUCAACAUUUUUUUCUCUCCCUACUAAUACUUCUAAUAGUUUUAAUGAUCAAACUAUAAAUGAAUCUAAUAAUGAAAUUAAUAGAGAGCCAAUAGACCUAUUCUUGGAUGCGAAACAUGAUAACCUCUCAACUGUAUUAUAUGACAAUAUACAAAAUCUCAGUGAAAAAUUAAAUCAUAAAAUCUCAAUCAAAAUGGUAGUAACCAAAUCAUCUCCAAGCUUCCACAUCCCUUCGAUUGCACAAGGUUUCUUAAAAGAGUUUACUACAGGUGAUUUAAUUGAAGGUUAUGUUAUCAUCCAAAAUUUAUCAUCCAACCCAAUCCCCUUCCAUAAUUUCUAUGUAUCACUUGAAGGCACCAUAUAUAACUUCAAUUCAGAUAUGACUUAUAAAAAGCAGAUUCUUUCGAUGGUUGAUUUAAGUGCCUCAUGGUCAUUUGGCUCAAUAAUAUCACCCAAUGAUGAUAGAAUACUAGAACCUAAUACCAAAUACAAAAAACUCUUUUACUUCAAAGUCCCUAAUAAAUUGUUAGAUUCUGCUUGCCAUCAUAAUUACUUUUACUCAAAUUCUCAUUUAAACCUACCUCCAAGUUUAGGCAUUGAAUGCAAAGAGAAGGAGAUCAAUAGAUCUUUAUCUAUGAAUAAAAUAUCUGGGGUAUCCUAUUUUGAUCAUACCCCAGGUUCUCCUUAUACAUUAAAUGACUUUAGUGAUUUUGAGUCUGCUGUCUGUUAUUCCCUUAAUUCCAGGCUAAUUUGCCAUAUUAACAGCGACAUUUCUUCCUUGAGUCUAAAUGAUUUUUUUAUUUCUAGCAAGGUUGAAUAUAAUAUCAGAAUAAUUCCUUCAUCCAAACCUAGUCAUAAUGAAACUCUCUUCAUUAACACAAACAGAUUCAAGAACAAGUCUCAUCAUUUCAAUGAACAAUUGCAAAUUUUAGAAAAUUCUAUUUCCAAUCAAAUUAACAAUUUGGAGAGGUUGUCAAAACUGAACAACGAAAAUUGUAUCGACACAGCAUCUUAUACCUCUCUCUCAACUCCUGUUAUCCUAAACACACAGUCAUCAGUUAAUGGUAACCUAUCUGACAGAUCUCCAAUUUCUGGUGUUUCUUCUGAUAUUUUUAAUGAAAGAAAAAAAAAGAAUCAAUUAACGUCAGUUGCUGAUUCUGCCUAUAAUUUUGGACCUGCUGUAGGCGAUUUGAAAAACGAAUGGUUUGAUUAUCAGUUGACACUAAAAAGGCACAAAACCAACAAUAUAUUCAGCGGGUUCUUUAAUCAUAACACCAUUCUUUCAAAAAAACCUUCAAUUGAUAUAGUUCUUCAAAUAAAACCUCCCGACUAUGAUUUGCCUUAUUUAUGCCCUGAAUUAGUGUUGAUAAAAAAUCCAAAUCUCAAGGCUGCUCUUAAUGAUUACUAUUCUGAAUCUAAUCUAAAAGAAUUGGAUGUUUUCUUGACUUUAAAUAAUAUCAAACCAACUCAACUCAAAAGUCAAAAGUUCAGAAAUCAAGAUUUCCAAAUGCCAGAAAUCACAUCUGUUUCGUUGAAUUUAAUUGCUGUAACUACUAAGUCUUCCACUUCUGUUCCUUUUGAUUUGCCUCAUGGGCUCUUCUUGAAUAAAAACAGUUACAGAAGGCUUAUCAACACAUUCAAUACAUUUGAUGAAAGGAUAAAUAACUUGGAAAAGGGUUUAAUACUCGAAGUUGAUAACAGUGUCAUCCAAAUAAUUAACUGUUUCAAAAGUUUAAAAUAUAAGGAAGCUUUUAUUCCUGGUUUGUUUGAUGUUCUUAAUUCGGAUCAGAUACGACUGAAUUCAUGGCAAAAAAAAAGUGGGAAUCAGCUGAAUGAUCGAUCAAGCUGGGAGACUCAAUUUAAAAUACAAUGGAGAUUGAGACCCAAUAUCAAAAAAACUUUGGUACCUGAUUUCCAAAGUUGUUUAAUUUCAAGAUUUUAUUUUAUCAGGUUGUCUAUUGUCAUUGAUAAUGCCUUUUUUGCUCAUGUUCAAGUUCCUAUAAAUGUUUCCAGUUUAGGACUAGAUUAA